UUUUUACCUUUUUUGUUAAAAACGAGCACAAGAAACGCCAGCUGAGAUGGAUUCUCAAGUGCGUCAGAACUACCACCGCGACUGCGAGGCCGCCAUUAACAGGAUGGUCAACAUGGAGCUGUUCGCCUCUUACACCUACACCUCCAUGGCCUUCUACUUCUCCAGAGAUGAUGUGGCCCUUCCAGGUUUUUCUCAUUUCUUCAAGGAGAACAGUGAUGAGGAGAGGGAGCACGCUGAGAAGCUGCUGAAAUUCCAGAACAAGAGGGGAGGACGCAUCUUCCUCCAGGAUGUCAAGAAACCUGAGCGUGAUGAGUGGGGAAGUGGCCUGGAGGCCAUGCAGUGCGCCCUGCAGCUGGAGAAGAAGGUUAACCAGGCCCUGCUGGAUCUGCACAAACUGGCCUCUGACCAUGUGGACCCUCAUCUGUGUGACUUCCUGGAGACUCACUACCUGAACGAGCAGGUGGAGGCCAUCAAGAAGCUGGGUGAUUACAUCACCAACCUGACCAGCAUGGAUGCUAAAACCAACAAGAUGGCAGAGUACCUGUUUGACAAGCACUCCCUGGGGGGCAAGAGCAAAAGAUCUGGAAGAGAACCUGAAUGGAAAAUGCAUAUUGUGCUUUUUUCUUUUUCUGUUAAAUUAAUUUAGCAUUUCAACUGACCCUUCAGGUCUCCUAAAGUUGCUUGUGGCAGUGGUUUUAACAUGACUUGUAAAGUUUCUGAUUAUCUGAAUAAACAUUUAAGCUGGAAAAAAA